GAAACCUACGUGACUUCUCGACAGGAGCAUCUCUCAUACUGACAAUCUCACUCAAUCUGAAAUCGCAUUUGUUCUUGAGCUGCUGAUCAUGUCACAGGUGUUGCUUUGGCUGCUUCUUGUCGUCACUCUGCCUCUUCAAACAUGUAGAGGUGACAAAUCUCAGGGCUACAAUGAGGAUACCAGGGAGACAUCUAAUAAAGGGAAGACCAUGGAAGACCUUAAGAAGCAAAGUGACUGUCAACCUCGAGAAUCUUUGAUCAAUGUUUAUGAUGAAUUUCCGGACGAGAUACAAUACACCAUUGUGCCUCAUUGUGUGCCAUUGCAACGGUGUUUGGGCUGCUGUACAGACGAGGAGCAAAUGUGUAUGCCUAAAAGAACCGAGACAGUUAACUUGGAGGUGUUCCGCACUUAUUCUAAUGGCACAUCUGAAAUAAUCAAGUUGCCAUUUUUGAAGCACACUCGAUGCCAAUGCAGGCACCAGAAGAAGAGUAAUAAUUAGACUGAUCCUUUUGUUAAUAAAAUGUACUGAAAGUUUCCCCCGCCCCAUCCGAAUAAUCAAUCAAUCGAAAAAAUAAUCGAUUAUGAAAAGAAUUCUUAGUUGCAGCCCUAAUGUACUCAUUUAUACAUAAUAUAAACGAAACAUGAAUGAAUUUCUAUGCAUAUAUACACAACACUUACAACAGCACUUUAAUGGGAAACAAAAUUUCAGUAUUUUUACAAUACAUUGGUUACAUAACAUAUUACAUAUCCAUAUGACCCUACAGUGGAUUGGCACCCGAUUCAGCGUGUCCCCUGCCUUGUUCCCAGACUUCCCUGGGAUAGGCUCCAGGCUCCCCGUGACCCUUAGUAGGAUAAACGGUAUGGAAAAUAGAUGGACGGAUGGAUGGAUGGAUGGAUAUCCAUCUUGUUACAAAAUCUCUCAUUUUUAAUGCAUGAAUAUUCAUGUAAUUUCAAAAAUAUUUCAAAAUGUAAACAUUUCUGACCCCCAAAAAAAGACGGAGCUGGGCCAGUGCUGGAUCAGUAUCAGUCCAAAACACAAAACCUUCUCUAACUCUCUAAUAUUGGAAUCUGGGUCAAACGAUUUGUUUUUUUAUUUGUUUUUUGCUAUCUGGGAUCAUUCUCAAGUUCACAACAUAUGUUUUUUAUGAAAUAUGAGUUAUAUAAUAUUAUUCAGUCAUUAAAUUUAACAAAUGUAUGAGGGCAGACCUCUUUUGUUAUACCAAUAAAGUAUAAACCAAAUAUAAAAUGGCUUUUUGAAGUAGGUUUAAAAAUUAAACCAAAAUAAACAGCAUUCUCUACAGUAUUUUUAAGUGUUGAAUGUCUACUGUUGACUUACAAGCUGCAAGAUAAGCUACUGAAAUAAAAAGCUCAGAAUAAAGUAAAUAAGGGGAAACUUGCAUAUAUAAAUAAAGGAAAAUCUCUUGGUC